CACGAGUCAUCACACAUGACUCUGAAACUUGUUUUGAUUUCACCAUCCAAACUCCGAGCAACAAAUCGUGGCUACUAGUCGAGAAAACCGUCUAGAUCAGAUCCUAGGAUCAGAUAUAUUCACCGGGUCUUUCACAAAACUUGAAUAGCCGUCGCUUUCUCGGUGUUUCAAGUUGACUCGGAGGUCGUCGCAACAUGAUAACUCCGCGAUUUCACUGUACCCAAACUCUUGAAGCAGUGGUAGUAUCAAUCUAUUGCCCAUCAGUAAGAGCCUCUGAUGUGGAGAUCAACGUCGAUGAAACUUUGUUGACCGUUCAUAUCAACCCUUACUUUCUUCGUAUAAACUUUCCUCAUUCGGUUCUCGAAGACGACCAAUCCUCUGCAACCUAUGAUCCAAGCAGUGGAUAUUUAACAGUUACACUGACUAAAGAGGUCAAGGGACAAGAAUUCCCUGACUUGGACUUACUAGCAAAGCUACUGGCUCCCCGUCAUGUCGAAGUUCCAAAACAACCGGCCAUAGAAGUCAUCGGGUCUGAGGCUUCAUCACAAAGCGAGCUGGAAGAACUUGUGGAUUUAACUGAUGCAAUCUCGCUCGAACAACGGGAAAUAUUGGAAGCUGCUGACAAUGACUGGCAGUUUCCCCAGACUAUCGCAGGAUCCUCUUCCCCAUUACAGCUAUCCACAAAGAGAUACUAUGGGUUCUUGGAUAUGUACACAGGGUACUUCACCCACGUCGCUCACACAGAAAAUGAUGUCAAUGAACUUGGGAGUGAGGCUGAGAGUUACUUACCAGAAGAACGACGAGCGAAAAGAUUGCAACACGAAGAGAAAAAAUGGGAUGAAGAGCAUUACAUGGCGGACUAUAUGGAUGAUGAAUACAUCCAAGAACUUCUUGCCUGGGAAGAUCCCGGGCUCAGAGAUGCCGAAUGUAUAUUCACCGAGAGCGAGAACAUGACGAUGCUCAAUUUACCGCGCAAAGAAUACUUGCCGACAGCAUUACAGCAGCGAAACCUGUAUCUGACACUGUUGACCUUGUUAUUUGCAUAUGCCUAUGACAGGCGCACGACACAGCAUGACCCUACCCCUGAAAGCGCUUGGACAAUUUGCUCACUCAUCCCUGCGUUCUCAGCGCUGGAUCCCCCUCCAUACCUAUCUUCAGAAAACGUUCCUCUGUCUAUCCCCACGCCGGGGUUCACCGAUCAUGAUCUCGCUUCAGCUUUGAUGCCGUCUUAUCGGCGUUCCCUUGCGUUCCCUCUCUAUCGCUCUUUCGCAAUGGCCGAUGCUUGUCGGAAUGAUGUAGCAGCUAUUUUGGCAAAAGGCAGAAGAAUGAUCACGCGCUACUUAUUAGAGAUGAAACACGUUUUGGACCAUCAUGAAGUGUAUUACGUGUAUAACAAAAUCUGGGUCGAUGAUUUCUGCGUUUGGAUCCAAGCGUCUGCGAGCGAUGAGAUUAUAUUAGACAUCGCACAGCAAUUGAAAGUUUUGGCCAUUACGAAAUCGAUGAUUGGCUGGAACAUUGAGAAUUUAGAAGAUGCGGCCCUUGUGGAUACCACUAGCAGCGACAGCGACAACGAGUCCUCCGAAUGACCUAAUAUGGAGUGUUCAAGCUGUGACACACUAUCCCAACUGGCACAGCGUAAACAUGUUUCGCUGGCGGUUGAAACAUGAACCAAAUUCGUGCGACUUUCGGACCUACGGUGAUCGCCAAUUUAAAACACGUUUUAUUGGAGUGUACAACCUUGCACAAUACAAAUAACUUUUUGGUGACAGAGAA